AAAAUGUGGGAAAGGGAAGGGGUCCUUUCCCGAAUGCACUGUGGUAGGCUAUGGGUUGAAUAGUUUCACGUUGAAAUAACAAAUAUUCACCGUUUUGAGUAUCACAACGUUUAUCCAUUCAUUAUACAUCACAACAAGCGCUCUAUACUACCGGUGAGCAGCAGCUAGGAGAGAUUCCCCAGUGAAGCGCGCGGCCGCGUGCUGUUAUCGGGCUAGGCGGAUGGAUGCCCCACAUGUAGGAGCAGCAAUCAACCCGAUAUCUGACGGCAAAUCACCAUUUGUAAUGACAGGAUGUGUCGGUGAAAAGCUACACAAACCUUUGUACUCAUAUAUAGUUUUGAACAUACCAUUGGGCGCAUGCUUAGAAAUCGUGGAUCAUUUGGUAGAAAUUGCUCUGAGACCAUGAGUUGCAGAUGGGGGACGGAGCUGUGGGACCAGUUUGACAACUUGGAAAAACACACCCACUGGGGUAUUGAGUUUGUGGAGAAGUAUACAAAAUUUGUCAAGGAGAGAUCUGAAAUUGAAAUCAGCUAUGCAAAGCAAAUCAGAAACUUAUCGAAAAAAUAUCAGCCCAAGAAAAACUCAAGAGAGGAAGACGAAUACAAGUACACGUCCUGUCGGGCCUUCCUGAUGACCCUGAACGAGCUGAACGACUAUGCGGGACAACACGAGGUCAUGGCUGAGGAUCUCACCACUCACAUCAUCUGUGAGCUGACGCGAUACAUCCAGGAGUUGAAAGCAGAGAGGAAAUCGCAUUUCCAUGAUGGCCGCAGAGCUCAGCAACACAUUGAGAAUUCUUGGAAACAACUAGAAUCUAGUAAACGGAGAUUUGAGAGAGACUGUAAGGAGGCGGAUAGAGCCCAGCAGUACUUCGACAAGAUUGAUGCUGACAUCAACGUGACUAAAGCGGACGUCGAAAAGCGGUGCUAUCUCAAGGCCAGACAGCAGGCCCAGAUGAAACACCAAGUGGCAGAGGACAGCAAGAAUGAAUACCUCACCUUCCUGCAGAAGUUCAACAAGGAGCAGAAUGCACAUUAUCAUACCCUCAUACCUCACAUCUUUCAGAAACUACAGGAGAUGGAAGAAAAACGUAUAGAGAGAGUGGGAGAGUCUAUGAAGACUUACGCAGAGGUCGAUCGGAAAGUGCUACCUAUUGUUGGCAAAUGUUUAGAUGGCAUGACCAACGCAGCAGAAUCCAUAGAGCCAAAAAUGGACACCAAGCAUGUGGUGGAAUCCUACAAGUCUGGCUUCGAGCCACCUGGCGACGUAGAGGUUGAGGACUAUAGUCUGUCUAUGAGGCGGACAGUGUCAGAGUCCAGCUAUCUAAACUCGCAAGGGGAGAGCAAGCCCAGGCGCAGCAACAGCAGGGGAAAACUGUGGCCUUUCAUCAAGAGAAACAAGCUUAUGUCUUUGUUAGCUUCCCCACGCCAACCACCCCCUCCCCCCCCUACCUCUCCAUCACCUGGUGCCGUGCACAACGGCCCCCAGUCUCCCCAGCAACCCAGUGAGCCCCUCUCCCACCGCCUCAACGAGUUCAUGACCUCCAAACAUAAAAUGCAAUGCUUAAGGAGUCUGAAGCGUGGGCUUUCUCUCAAGCUGGGUUCUGGCCCUGAAGAUUGUAGUCACCUGCCUCCUGAACAGAGGAGGAAGAAGCUCCAGGCCAAAAUCAAUGACAUCAACAAGGAAAUACAAAAAGAGAUGGAUCAGAGGGAUGCUCUGUCUAAAAUGAAGGCCGUGUACAUAAAGAACCCACACAUGGGGGACCCCAACAGUGUGGACCCACGAUUAGAGGAGAUCUGCCAAAAUAUUGACAAGUUACAACUGGAAUCAAGGAAAUAUGAAGCCUGGCUGGUAGAGGUGGAGACCAGGUUAGCAGAGAAGAGUGAACCACACAGACCACCAAGUGGAUUGUACAACUCCCAGACUACUACACCAGUCAACAACAACUGUGCACAUGUCAACCGAGAAAGCCCGGACGGAAGCUACACAGAGGAUCAUAGCACAGAGCAUCACCUCAAAUCUCGGAGCACCGACUUUGAUGACGACUUUGAUUAUGAGGACCCACUCCCCACUAUCGGAACCUGCAAAUCACUCUACCCUUUUGAAGGUCAGAACGAAGGCACCAUUUCCAUGACCGAGGGGGAGCUGCUGUAUGUCAUAGAGGAGGAUAAGGGUGACGGGUGGACGCGGGUGCGCAGGAACGAGGACGAAGAGGGAUACGUACCCACAUCUUACAUCAAGGUCUUUUUCGACACAAAUGCCAAAGGUGCUAUGACAUACAUAUAAUUGUCAUUGUUUGAGAGAGGGGAAAUGGGUGGACCAACAAACACAAAUAUCCUGACAUUUCAACCCCCCUGAACUCUGGUGUUUCAGAAAUAUCACAGAAUCAUUUGAGACGGAACUCUCAGAACAACGGACUGCAUUUACAUUUGUACUUGGGCUUUUUACGUUCUACCGUUUUGCACCCGUUGAAACAAAUUUUGGAGAAGUGUUUGUUUGUGUGUAUGAAGACGUGUGGAUGUGAUAAGUUGUCAGAACCAAGUUAAGUUGUCUCGACCCCUGUUGAUAUCAGCUACGCCUUGCUUCUAGCACUAAUAAUAAUAACUAAUGUCAAUUUAUUGAUUUAUUUGACCAACAAAAUACAGUUUCUUAUAUUAGAGAGCAUUGCAUCUUAACAUAUCAAUUCCUAUUUAGAAUAGAUAUUAUUGCAUGCCUGAAGGGAGACUCGUUAUGCUCUGCACGCCUCCACUGCAUAUCAGCUACGCCUUGCUUCUAGCACUAAUAAUAAUAACUAAUGUCCAUUUCUUGAUUUAUUUGACCAACAAAAUAUGGUUUCCCAUAGAGCAUUGCAUCUAAACAUAUCAAUUCCUAUUUGGAAUAGCUAAUUUUGCUUGCCUAAAGGGAGACUCGUUAUGCUCUGCCAGCCUCCACUGCAUUGCAUUAACAGUACAUCGCAUAUCUGCACUUGAGCAGCAACCAUCAUUGGCAGGGGAUUACUGUAAGAUUGCCUCUCUGCUUCGCAAAUUAAAUCAGUUGUUGCAUGUGGCAUGUUUCAAAGAGGACAUGCCUGUUUACACAGUAAAGAAAAAAGAACAUGGCUUGCAUGGUAUCUUGAUUAGGAUGGUACAACAGACUAGUAAUGUAUUCUCUUAUACAAACUGUUGUUGACUCCUCCAAAAUCUGACAGUGGGGCUUCAUUGAAGCGCCUAAAUGACUGAAUGUCGUGUUAGGUUUACAGUGGUGUUCUCGACAAACGUUUCAUUCUGAGACGCAUGGUAACGCACCCACCACCAUUAUCACCACUAUCAUUGGCAUAUGAUGAAUUUAUUUUUUAGAAUGAAUAAUAUAUCCCUGCUUAGUUUUUUAUUUGAUACGGAGUUGUUCUGCAUGCUUGAGCCAAUUGAUAAGUCAAAGUAGAUGAAUGAACAUAGUAUUGCAACCAGGUGAUAUUCCUCUGUUUGAAAAUGAUUAACACAUGUAGCCUCAAGUUUUCUGUACGUUGAUUUGCCAUUGACGGUCAGAAACAUGCUCUCGUGCAGCAUAGACUCAACUCUAGGGAAACGUAAUCUGCCACAAUAAUUGUCAGAAUGUGAAGGAAUGUCAUGGAAUGACUUUCCUCGUGUCUUGAUGCAUCACCUCUAACAUGUCGUGUCAUUUUUGUUUGUUUGCUUUUUUUGUUUGCUUUUUUUCUUAUUGCAGAUUCCUAAAAGUCUUUGGCUCGCACAGGGAUGGCAGGGCACAGGUCCUUCAAAAAGCGCCCUCCUCUUAAAACUGUAGUCAGAGAGACGACAGACUAAAGGGACAAGUUGCAAGGCAGUCCAAUUUGCGACCCAGUACAGAAAUCCAUUGUGGGGUUCUGUUGAAUGGAGCAAAAACAACACACAUUGCGGGGCAACCACCAUUUCUAGUCAUUUUCUUAUUGAUUGUUUCUGCAAGCUUGCUUGUUGUUUUUCUAACUGCAGAUGAGUAUGUUCAUAUUGUGGCUGCUUGCUAUUCUACUGUACCUUGAGCCCAGGGGCGGUACCUGUUUAAGGGGAGGGGGGAGUCUGAGACGGCCUUGUUACAUAUUUACUAUUCCAAACCUGCCUUCAAGCUAUCAUCACAACACCUUAGGAAAAUACCCAUGGAAAACAACACUACACUUGGGCUGGAAUUCAAUUGCUUAAACCCCAUGGCAAAGAAAAAAAGCCACUGUCUGCGCCACAAAAAAACAUGUUUACAGUAAUGUCAAUGAGAUAAAACAGAAUGCAUCGAAGUCUUUCUUAGCACUGGAACAAUGUUGCUGAUUUUCCAGGGGAAUUCAAUUCCAGCUCUUAUUCAACACAGUAAUGCCUGACAAUUACUGUACACACCCAUGUAUCUAUUUUGGGGUAAAUAGGUUAUAUACCGAUCAUACUUAAAUGACACCGAUUGUUGGCUUGCAACAAAUCUGCACAAAUUUGUUCUGGCACCAAUUUUACUUUUGAGUUUUAGUUGGAAACUUUGACAAAUGAGUGCAUUGUGUUAUAGUCUAACUCAAGCACUCAGUGCAGGUCUACUGGUAAGCAUACAAUCUGAGCGGAGAUGACAGAUCUCUCAUUUUGCUUUCUCCUAUUGCCUUUCAAUAUGAGUGACAGCUGCUCUCUCUGGCUACACCGCCAUACAGGCAGUAACUAUGGUGAUUGUCUCACAACUCUUUCUCCGUCUCUCACACUUUGUUUUCCUUUUCUCUCUCUUUCUGGCUACUUGUGGUGGCGGUAGCUACUCUUCGGUUGGCGCUGUGUUUCUCUACGCAUGCAUGCUUGCCCUGUCAUGCCUGUGCCAGUCCUGUAGGGGUCUGACUAUCUAUCACAUUAACUCAUCACUUAUGGGGUUCCACCUUGUUCCUUUCCUACCCUGUGUUUGUGCCUGUGGUUUUGUAAUUUUAACAAAACGUGUUUGUGAUUUCUUUUGUCAAUGCAAGCAUGACCAUUUUGCUUUCUCAAUGAAUUAUUGAUAUGUCCAUGCAGUUUUGCCAUCUUCCAGAGAGACACUGACAGUUUCAUAUCUCACUUCUGUUUUAAAGCUUAUUUUCACUGAAGUUAAUCUGGGAGCUGCAGCUCUUUGCAUUAGCUGAUUACCAACCCAACCCAAACUGACAAAUGGCAGUAUUUGUAUGUCUACUGAUAGAGAUGCAUAUUACUGAAGUUUCAGUGUAUUCUAGAAGUAUUUUGUGCUUUGAAUUCACUGUGUACGGUUCCUUAUACUGUACAGAACUGGUGUGAAAGCAAGGUUUGUUUCUUGACUGUUGACAUUAAUGAUGUAAUUAUAUACUCUGGUGUGUGAUAUGUGAUAACUAUAUGCUACAGCUUGGAAUCAUGUCUUUAUUUUAAGUUUAUUUAUUUUAUAGUCAAAUAAUGCCAGUUUUAUUUAUUUUGAGAAGAAUAAUACCUCUGUUCCACGUUGGGAUUUGUUUCACCUAGAAAUGUUUUCUGAAAUCUAAUAUACUAUGUUGGAGUUUGGAAAUAAAUGACACUAUAAAAUGGAAAUAA